AUGCGAAACGACUAUGCAGACUUAAAGAAAGAAGCAGAAAAGCCAGCAGAAGAUAAAAUGGACAUGUUAGCAUUUCUGAACAAAAACUAUCCAACAGUAGAAGAUUUCCUUCUAUCUGACGUCAAGAAGAAAUAUAAAGAGACUUUCGGCAUUGUUAAAACUUUUGAUAUCCUCAGCGAAGAAAUAGAAGCUACAAAACUGUUUAGGAUUUCAAAUAUACAUCGUACAAUUCAUGUAAAACGCUUGUGA